GGGAUUGAACAGGAAUUUAAUUCCAAAAAAAAUCCUCCAUUGAAUCGGUUACUCAGACUGCAACUCUGUGUGUGUCUCUCUGUCGGUUGGUUGUCACUGACUGUGAAGACAGACCGUAUAGCACGAGCGAGAGGCCAUCUCAUGGUGCAGCAGCAAUGGAGAGUCCUGAAGCUGCGGUCUCCUCUCUGGAGAUCGCAUCACCACCAGUGUCGUGGUCUUCUGCCAGCGUCCAAGCUGCUUUCAAAUCACGGGACAGCUUUUUGGAAGAGAGCGGUCCAUGCGCGGUGGACCUUAGCAAAGCUGUGUUCGAUGCGUGGAAGAGCUCGGGCAAAGCUGAGGUCACAUCGCUGCUCGGCACUCUGCUGACCAAAGAGCAGUCUUUGGGCCUCCGCCCCGUGGAGGGACCUGUUUCACUUGUCUUUCGCACAGGCUGCCAGUUCACAGGACGGCUGAACCAGGGGCGGAUCCAAGGGCUGGGAAGGUACCGAUGGACCGACGGCGUCGUGUACUUGGGGGCUUUCAAGGACAGUGCCAUAAGCGGGGUAGGUAGUUACUUGUGGCCUGAUCUGACGGUUUACCAGGGAGAGGUGGAGAACGGGAAAAGGCAGGGACAGGGUGCGCUGGCCGUCAGAUUGAACUCGGAAUCGAGCGUCAUCCGAUACAUAGGUGACUGGCAAGACGGACUGAGGGAGGGGAGGGGCAUUUGCGAGAGCCACGUGGUGGGAGAGCCAUACCCAAGACGGUACGAGGGAGAGUGGGUGCAAGACCGUCGAAGUGGGUUUGGGACUUUCCUGUUUGGCAAUCAGCAGAGCGAGUACCAGGGGAUGUGGGCCCUUGACAAGCCCCAUGGGCAGGGGAUGAUGAGUUGGUGCUCUACGGCGGCUGCAACAGUUACUACACCUCCCAGUUCCAAGCAGCUGGCUGCGUCGGAGUCAGACGUUCAGCAGCAGACACUCACGCUGAACGCACUGCCAGAGAAUGCUGCAGCUUCCAGACGUCCUUCUUCUUCCGGAUUGCUUCAGGAGGAGAAGAGUGUGCUAAAAAAAUCUCCUUCUACGGACUUGGGAGGUAACCAGGAAGUAAGUAAUGUCGGGUCCAGGCGCUCUUCGUCUAUGGCCUCCACCAACAUCAACGAGGAGAAGAUGGUGGAGAAGAAUGUCCGACGUCUUUCUGGAGACUUGGUUAAGGAGGAGAAGACUGUCAGCAGGCGUCCUUCUUCGGAGUUGGUCAAGGAGGAGACGAACGUCGGACGUCCUUCUACAGACAGGCCUCCUAAGGAAGAGGACAUGAAUGUCCGGCGUCCAUCAGAGGUGGUAGAGGAGGAGAAAACCGGCAGGCGACAGUCCUUAGGCACAGCGAGCGAGUUGAAGGAUGGCAGCAUUGCCAAGCGGCCUCCUCCUGAGUCUGCCAAGGACGAGAAGAAUGUUAGGCGUGCUUCUCUGCCGACGAAGGAGGAGGUGCAUGUUGCUGUACGGCGUGCUUCCGCAGACUGGGUACAAGACGAGCAAGCAGCAGAUGCCAGGGGGGCUUUAGACUCGAGAAAGCAGGAGAAAAACGGCAGACGUCUUUCUCUUCAAGCUGAGGCCGGCGUGAAAGAGAACAGGAAUUCGAGGCGAUCUUCUUCGCUGUCAGUGAAGGAAGAGAGCGGUUCAAGGCGUCCGUCUUCACAGUCAACGGAGGAGCUAUCGAACAUUCCUGAGACGACGAUCGCCCCUUCAGUGGCUACCCAAGCAAUCGCAGAAGCAAUACCGACCGUUGAUACAGAAGAAGCAGAUCGGGGGCACUAUCUCAGAGUCUACAAGAAAGUGGUGGAGGAGAAGAUCAAGCACUGGAGAUGGAAAAGGGAGGAGGGGGAGGUACAACAACUGGGUGCUGACAGGAACCUUGUGGAGUCAUACAUGGGGCAAUGGGAGAACGGUCUUCCUUCUGGUGAGGGUCAUUAUGCUUGGUUUGUUCGAUCAUCAGAUCCAGUUGCAGGUGAUGAACCUCGUACUACAGGUGCCGUAGUACCAGGUCCAGCACCUGGUCCGUCCGUUGGACCAGAUGGUUCGCAGAAGUCUGCUGGAUUCGGACUCGAUUUUGGAGCAGGGGGGCCCCCCCGACCCCCACUUGGACCGUCGAAAUACGAUGUUGUGCUUCAGGGGGAGAAGAGUCUCAGUGUGGUCAAGCCGCCUCCUUCUAGUACUACGGACUUGAGGACCAAGAACGAGGCGAAGAAUACCGGGCCCAGGCGUUCUUCUUCUUCUAUGGCUUCCACGAACGAGGAGAAGAACGUUAGACGUCUCUCUGGAGACUUGGUUAAGGAGGAGAAGACUGUCAGCAGACGUCCUUCUUCGGAGUUGGUUAAGGAGGAGACGAACGUCGGACGUCCUCCCUUCGAGAGUUUGCCGCAGGAGGAGAAUAGUGUGCUCAAACCUCCUCCUUCUAGUAUGGACUUGGGGGGUGCUAACGAGGUGAAGAAUGUCGGGUCCAGGCGUUCUUCUUCUAUUGCCUCCACGAACGAGGAGAAGAACGUCAGACGUCUCUCUGGAGAAGUGGUUAAGGAGGAGAAGACUGUCAGCAGGCGUCCUUCUUCGGAGUUCGUUAAGGAGGAGACGAGCGUCGGACGUCCUUCCGCAGACAGACUUCCUAAGGAAGAGGAUGAUGCAUUGCCAGUGCCAGGUGUCAGUCGAUCCGAUUCCAACCUAUUCAACCUGAAGCUCAAUAACUGCUAUGUGGGGGAGUUCAAGAGUGGGCUACGGGACGGCCAGGGCUGCUUCUUCUAUGCCUCUGGAGCGACCUACAUUGGCACCUGGAAAGCGAACCAGAAGGAGGGCCGAGGGUAUCUCACCACGAGCGACGGCGAUAGUAGAUCCUGUCGCUUCACCGACGAUAGAAACACCUUGCCAUCCUCUCCGACAGCUUCGCAGAACAGCGAAGCCACGACUCUAGCGCAAAUGGGCGCUUUGGAGGGGGCAAGACCUCGUCGCAAGCCGUCACUCCGCUAUGACAUCCUGUAUAUUGGAAUGGAAGACCUGAUCAAACUAGAGGACGACCCGGAGGAUUGCCAGAGGUCAAUCAAAAGAUUACUCUUGGUCACCAACGCGCAAUUGUACAAAAUUUUCCGUUUCUACGCAUCCAUACAUCCAGUCGUGCCCAGAGAAGGUGGUACCCUGGGAGGAAAAGACGGAGAACGAGGAGGAGGAGGAGGAGGAAGAGGAGGAGGAGGAGGAGAGGGGGGAGGAGUUCCGCCUGGAGGAGGGGAAGGAAGCAAGGAAGUGGCGAGAGGAGGAGUCGAAGGAGGAGGCGGUCGGGAUGUGGAAGCGCCACGUGUCCGAGGAGGAGGAGGAGGUAACAGCGAGCUGCCACGUCGAGAGGAGGGGGAAGGGGGAGCUCGACAAGCCGUUGAAGAAAGACGAAUAAUAGAUGGGGGGGGAAUACCAGGAGUCCCAGGAGGAGGAGGAGGAGGAGGAGGUGGAACAACCACUGGUGCAGCAGCAGCAAGAGGAGGCGGGGCAAGAACAGGAGGAAGCGGGCCACCGGGGCCAGGAGCAGGAGGAGGUGGGCUUGGACCAGCAGCAACAGGAGGAGGAGGAGGAGCAGGAGGAGGAGCAGGAGGAGGAGGAGGAGGAGGACAAGGUGGAGGGGGAGGUGGUGCCAGCGGCGAUCAUCCAGUGUUGCAAUCAGAAGGAGAGGGAGGCGGUAGAGGAGUAGAGCAGCAGACUGAAGGUCAGUUGCUUCAACAGAUUUUCAGUCUCCGAGCGAAGGUUAUGUUCGCUUGGCAGUUUUGGGAGCUUGCCACGGACUGCAACAUUUGGUCGGAGUCGUUUCCGCUUUCACAGAUCAAUCGAAUCGUCUUCACUGGCAGGUCGAAUCCACAAGAACCCAACAAUACUCUACUCUACUGGGAGUUUGUGGAAAGACUGGUGCACCUAGCUUGCUACAAAUACCCUGACAUUCCCUCGCGGUUAAAUCGGGUUGAGCAAUUGAUGAAGUCGAACAUCCUGGGCAAUUGGCCUGCCAAGCUCGAUAACCGCUUAGCAGAGACGAUUGCACCUUCCUCGGGCCUUGCUCCUCCUCCUCCUCCUCCUUCUCCUUCUCCUCCUCCUCCUCCUAAUCUCCCCUCUCAUGUCACGCGUCCCUCUCUCCUCCUCGUGAAGGAAACAUCAUCAUCACUGACGACGACUUCAACGGCAGCAAGUGCUAGUUCUAUUGCUGGGAGCUAAAUUUUAUUUU